AUGACUAUGCAUGAUGAAACCGUGGAUGACUUCCAUGGUAGAAUUUUAAAAAUUACAGGUCAAUGUCACAGUCUAGGUGCACCUUUUGAUGAAGAUAAGGUUGUGAAGAAAAUUCUUAGGGCCUUGCCCGAGAAGUUUCAUUCUAAGGUCACCAGUAUUGAGGAUUCAUUUAAUAUUGAUGACUAUCCACUGGAUGAACUCAUUGGAAAUCUCAAAACAUAUGAACUAAGGCUAAAACCUGAAAAGAAACCCAAAGGUGUAGCCUUCAAGGCUGUAAAAGUGACAGAAGAGGAAGAUGAACCACUUGAUCUGGCUCUUCUGACUAAAGAAUUCAAAAAAUUCCUUAGAAAUAAAUCCUCUUCUCGAAAUUUCAAUGCUCCCAGGAAAAACUUUGUUAGUAGUGGUAGCAGUGAGAACAAUGCUAAAAGUGGGAAAGGAAAUUUUAAAGGAAAUAAUUAUGGAAAAAUGAAAUGCUAUGAAUGUGGUGGCUAUGGCCAUAUUUCUACUGAUUGUGGUAACAGGAAGCAUGGAAAUAGCAAUAACAAAUAUCUUCUCUCGACAUGGAGUGAUGAUGAAACUCAAGAGGUUGAAAAUGUAGCCUUCGAGUCAUCUCUCUCACUUGAAUCUGAAAGUGAUGAAGGCCUGGAAGAAGAAGUCGAGACACUGAAGGCUGAGAAAGAGAAGCUGGAGCUUAUGUGGAGAACUUCUCAAAUCACAUGGGAACAAGAAAAAACCAAGCGUGCAGAUGAACUACGCGGCUCACAAAGCGAUAAAAAUUCUCAGACUUUGAAAAAUGAAUGUACUGAGCUCAAGAACAAAGUCAAGAUGCUUGAACUUGAGGUGAAAGGACAACAGGCUUUAAACUUAAAUUUGUUAACUGAAAAUGAAUUAUUGCAGGAAGAACUGAAGUCCACUCAAGAGAAGUUCACAAAGUUUGAGAUAAGUUCUGGAACUGCAUCAAAGUUAUUUAGUGCAGGAAAAGCCCAUCAUGAUACAUUCAGACUUAGAUAUUCUGGAGAAAGUUCAAAAAAUACACGCUUUGUAAGAGAAAUGAAUCCAUCAGUGCAGAAAGGUGUUCAAAUCACAAAGGUCGUCAAGGACACUAUCACAAGACCCAGGACGAACGUUGACAAGGAACCCAAAUCUCCUCAGAAUAUCACUCAGGUAAGGAUGGACCAAGGUACUCCAACUGGUCAGAACAGGUACUCAACUUUUAAGUCUUUUAUUCCUACAUGUCACUACUGUGGUAAAUUGGGACAUAUUAGACCCAGGUGUAAUGAGAGACUUAGAUUGCCCUCAUCUGGAGAAGAAAAGCUAUCUGCAGAGUCAUUGCAUUGUGAACUUAAAGAACAAAAAGUCCUUAUUAAUAAACUGACCGACUUGAUUACUAAGGCAAACAUGCAAUUUGUAAAUAAGCCUGUCUGGAUUAGAAAGGAUUUGAAUAAUUGCUUCCCUAAUCACAUUGAUUCUUUUGACUCCAUUAAUGCAAACUGUCUCAUGGCAUGUGUAAGUACAGAUACUUACUCAUCACAUAUUGAAGCAACUUGCCUGGUAGCACUUACUGCCUUGGCAGACAAGCUAAAGGAUUUCUGGUAUGUCGACAGUGGCUGCUCCAGACACAUGACUAGGGAUAAGGCUUGGUUCUCAUCAUUUCAGGAUGAAUGCACUACUGGCUCAGUCACUUUCGGUGAUGGGAGGAAAGCUAAAAUUAUGGCACAAGGAACUGUCAAUACACCUGGAAUUCCUAAUCUCAAAAAUGUCUUGUAUGUUGAAGGGUUAACUGCUAAUCUAAUAAGUGUCAGUCACUUGGCUGAUGAUUAUGAAGAUGUUUGGUUCAACAAGCAAAGAUGUGUGGUACUCGAUAAAAAGGGUGAAAAUAUUAUGGGAGAUAAGAGAUCAUUAGAUAAUUGUUAUCACAUUCAAGCUAAUGAAUCUCUGAAUGUACAGGCUUGCCUCUCUAUGAGAUCGGCUGAAGAGACUUUUGAAUUAUGGCACAGAAGAUUGGGACAUGUGAACUAUCAGGAUAUGCUCAAGCUAUCCACCAAACAAUGUGUCAGGGGUCUACCAACUCUAAGUGGUAAGACUGACAAGAUAUGUGGAGGAUGCAAAACUGGAAAGCAAACCAAGUCUCCUCAUAAGGCAAUAAACUCUGCAACAACCACAAGAGUGCUGGAACUGCUACAUAUGGAUCUUAUGGGACUAGCUCAAAUAGAGAGCAUUGGAGGUAAGAAAUACAUGCUUGUGAUAGUUGAUGACUUCUCCAGGUAUACUUGGGUUAAUUUUCUAAAAGACAAAGCUGAAACUUUUGAAUCUUUUAAAGGAUUAAGCCAGAGAAUGAUAAUUGAAAAACAGUCCUCAAAUAUGUGCUUGGUAAGAGUAAGGUCUGAUAAUGGCACUGAAUUCAAAAAUGCUGCCUUUGCUAACUAUUUCCAUGAGUUAGGUGUUUCUCAUGAAUUUUCAGCUCCCAUUACUCCGCAGCAAAAUGGAAUAGUUGAGAGCAAAAAUAGAGUGCUACUAGACAUGGCAAGGGUAAUGUUGCAUUCUGCUGGUCUAAGCUCAAACUUCUGGGCUGAGGCAAUUAGCACUGCGUGUUACACCAUCAAUAGAGUCUUCUUGAGACCUGGAACUGAACAAACAGCUUAUGAGUUGUGGAAGGGUAAGAAACCAAACAUAAGUUACUUUCGUGUGUUUGGAAGCCCUUGCUAUAUCUUGAGAGAUCGAGAACAACUUGGCAAAUUUGAUGCACGAAGUGAUGAUGAUAUUUUCCUUGGAUACUCUAUUAAUAGUCGAGCAUAUAGAGUUUAUAACAAACGAACUAGGAUUGUUAUGGAAUCUAUUAAUGUGUCUAUUGAUGAUCAUUACAUUAGACAGGAGGAAGUUUUUGUAGAUACAUCAUCUCCUCCCAGUUCAGAAUCAGAAGACACAUCAGCUACUAAUGAAAAGGAAGAGAAUGUUGAUAGCAUCUUUGAGCUAGCUCCUCAAAUGAGAAGGGGGUUCAAGCAAGUCCAAAAGGAUCACACCAGUCAAGAUGUCAUUGGAAAAAUUUCAGAUGGCCUCAAAACUAGAAGCCAAGCUGCUUCACAGUGUGGGUUUGUUUCUCUAAUUGAACCAAAAAAUGUCAAGGAUGCCCUAGUGGAUGAUGACUGGAUUAGUGCUAUGCAGGAAGAAUUGAAUUAA